AUUUAAUCGCAAUUUGCACCCGCGUUGACUAACACUUUGAUCGGUGGUGACAUGGCCAUCGGAUUUUGUUGACGUGGACGCACCGGCGAUCAAGUAAAACGACGUCGUUUUUGUCAAGUUUUUUUAAAUAAAAAAAUAAAUAAAAAAACAAAAAAACAUGAAAUCCGGCGCCCCUCCCCCUGACUCUCUCUCUCUCUGGCCCAUUUCUCUCCCGCCGCGCCCCCUCUCUCCUCUGCUCCGGCGAGCAGCCAGCCGGCCUAACCUCUCCCGACUUCCCUCUCUCUCGUCUCUCACACACAGACCAAGCACACACACUGACACAUGAGAACUCACACACACAACGCACCAAAUCCUCAGCCACCAAAUCUCGACACCCUGCUAUUGUCACCGGUUGAGAGUAGGGCGGCGAUUCUCGCCGUGAAUCGAGGGUGAAACGGCGGCAGCCGUUGGCUAUUGACGUGUGACAGAAGGAGAGGGGAUUUCAGAGAGAUUUAGGGAUUUAAGGAGAAGGGUUCUGAAAUUGGAAGAAUUUUUGGGGGUUUUCGUAUUUUGAGUCAGAAUGAGAGACGAAGGGCGGCGUCGUCGGUCUGUUGGCGGCGGAGGAGAAGCCGGGGAGGUAGGUGCCGGUCUGCUGCUGCUGUUGCGGCGUCGAUGUCGGAGUUGCAGAGGGAGGUUGAAGUAGGGUUACUGAAAAGAGAAGGCUGGGGGAUUUAAAGUAAUCCUCGCUCUGAAAUCCGGCGACGACACAGCCACCGUCCAUGUCUCCGCCCCUAGAUCCCCAAUCCAGAUCUGAGACGGAGGCGGUGGCCUGAGGUGGAGGGCGGCAGAUCGUGGGGGAAGAGGAAGUCGCGGUGGCCUCCGAUGGUCGGGAGAGGAAGUCGCAGCGGCUGGGCUGCUUCGAUGGCCUCGGAUGCUCGGUGGUCGGGAGAGGAAGUCGCAGCGGCUGGGCUGCUUCGAUGGCCUCGGAAGCUCGGUGGACGGGAGAGGAAGUCGCAGCGGCGGGGAUGAACGGCGGCGGGGCAGGAGAUUGAAGAAGAAGACAUUUUUCUUUAUUUUUUUUAUUUUUUCUCCCUAUCAAAACGACGUCGUUUUGAACGCGUGGCAUUCCACUGUGUAAAAAAUGCCAAGUGUAAUGCCACGUAGUUUAAAAUUUUUUCCACGUCAUUGCCGGUCAAACAUAAGAGUGGCCGGAACUUUCGCCGGGUGCAAAUUGCGAUUAAAUUGAAAGGUCAUGUAUUCUGGGGCUAAUUUUGAAGGUCAUGUGCAAUAUGCAAAUCUCAAAAUAGUUCGUGUAUUUUCCGGCUAUUAACCCUAAUAAUAAUAAUAAUAAUAAUAAUAAUAAACAAAUCUUACCAAGGGCCUGUUUGCUAGCUUUGGUAAGGCAAGACUAUUAUUUAGUCUAAUGUUAUUUUUAUGUUUGCUGUUUCUUGUGGGUUUUGCGUGAAAAUGGAUGCUGUUUUUGAUCGGUUUUGUUUUGAUUUGAUUUGUGAUGGGGUUAUUGAGUUAGGUGUAAUUGAUGGAAUUUUAUUUGUUUGCUGCAGUCCUUGUUGUAAUUCUUGAUUUAUUGAUGGUUUAUUUUUUAUUUUUUGUGCAAGAAUUGCAUGUUUUGACUUUGUCUUGUUUUGAUGGGGGCUUUGGUUGAAAAGUUGUAAUCUUCAAAAUUUUGCUCUCUCGCACUAUGUAAUACUAGCUUAAGCAAAUGAAUAUAGUUUUAGGAUAUGAAAUACUAGCUUAAGCAAAACUAAUGAGCUGUGAAGGAGUUCUCUUGGGACAACAAGUAUACUGGAGUUCAGAUUCUUCUCUUAAAGGUGUUGAUGCAUGGAGGUGGAGGAGCAUACACUUCCACAUUGCAGCAAUACCAAGCCAAGGCUGAUUACUUCACCUGCGCCUGCAUGCAGAAGAACGACAGCUACAAUGUGCCCAUGACUCCUGGUGGACUGCUCUAUCUAUGGGAGUGGAACAAUCUGCAGUACUCUGCCUCUGCUGCAUUCGUCAUUCGGAAUAUCUUGCAAAGGCAAAAGGCGUUCUCAUCUUUGCAAAAUCACAAGUAUAUAUAUAUAUCAAUCAUCUUCUUCUUGCUUGUUUGUGCUGAAUUUGCUACUGAAAAAUCCAAUCUUUGGAAGGCUGAUUACAUUCUUGGCAAGAAUCCCAAGAACUUGAGCUAUGUCGUCGGCUGUGGGGACAACUAUCCGGUCCAUGUUCAUCUCCCUCCUCGGUUCCGCAGUGGGGUGUAUUCAAGGAUUUGAGGCGUGGUACAAGCAAAUGUAAUCUUGUCUAUGAUUUGUUCCAAGAAGCAUCUGUAGGUGGUCAUCUAGUUCAUUCUCCUAAGAUGCUCACCUAGAAAGCAGGAAAAUUCUUUAUCCAUCCAAUCGUGACUGGAGGGUUGCAUGUUAUGUUCACUAAACUAUUCUUUUAGCUCAUUACUUAAAGCGCAGCAGCGGCUAAGUGAAUAUGAUUAUAUUAAAGACUAAAAUGAACUCA